CGCUAACUUAAUUAAUUUUAGUAGGCAAUUGUAACUCUCGUUUUUUUUAAUUAGCUCAUGCAAUCAUUAUAAUUCUUGACGAUAUCUUGGGAAAACAAUGGACAGGAAGGGUACGAACACUUCUUAUAUAAAUACAACUCUUUCAGAUUCAGAUUUCCAUUAGUGCGUCUUUUUAAAUCAUAGUGACUCGUUCGUACAAUUAUUUUUUUUAAAUCAUGGCUGCUUUAAAGAUAACUUUGGCAGUUAGUUUUACUUUAGCGGUAUGUAUUAGACUUUCUAUUGCAUAUCCAUCGGCAUACAGCUACCAUGAUUUUCACCAAGUUGAAGAUGAGUCUGACGACCAUCAUGGACCACCAUCUCCAUAUCAUUUCGGAUAUGCCGUAAAAGACACUCACACAAACGAUAUAAAAACACACCAAGAAACCAGUGAUGGACACGGAACUGUCACUGGAUCAUACAGUUUGGUCGAGCCCGACGGUUCCACUCGAUUAGUUGAAUACACUGCAGAUCAUAUUCACGGUUUUCAAGCCAAGGUCAAGAAAAUCCCCCCAGUUUACCAUCACGAAGAAUCUACCUAUCAAGAACCAAUAAUUCACUCAUAUCCAACAACUUACCAUCAGAGUUAUUAUCAAUAAUUAACAUUUUUUCUCUAAUGACUUGUGCUUUGUGAUUUAUUCUUGUUUUUUAUUUUUAUUACAAAAUUCAUUUUUUUGUUAUUUGUUGAUUUUUAAAUAAACUAAGUCUUUAUAAUAAAACUUAUUUACUUCAUA